AUGUUCGAGCAGGAAGUUGUAGGGAAGCACGAAUACUCAGCCCGAGUCGCCACUUCGCGGCAAGGCAUACCACAUGUCACAAGCAGCUCAAACUUGGUCGAUCAAUCUGAACCGAAGACCAUGCUUGCCGGACAGUCUCUUCACCACCCACCUACGGGCACCUCGGCCUUUCGCCUUUACACAUGCCCACCCAUCUUCACACAUAGCACACUGGUGCUUAGUAUAGUGUGCUGGAUACUAGGUACUUACAUGCCUGGAGCUGAUGCUGAUCUGUACUAUACAUCUGUCAUAAUCGACCGCGCUGGCGAUGGUACGGCACUACCAAAGGUAGCUGCGAUACGGACGACAGCGAUGGCCACGCCCCACGAAGUGGAACUCGGUCACGACAUACCAGACUCAGCCAACGUCCACGCAUCACAACCUUCAGCCCUUCGCUACAAAGACCAAGUCAUCGCCGUCCCGCCCGUCUUCCCACACAAUGACUUCCUAGAGUACCAACGCGAGUUGACCGUAUCCGAAAUGCGACCUCCGAACCUUAGUAUGUCCGACGGCGAGCAAGAGGAGAACAUCGAAGACUUCGCGCUCCACGAUAUAAACUGCUUUAACGCCCCGGCUCGCGCUGGCCGCCGCGAGAAAAUCUCCGUUCAGUCUCUCCUAGAGUUGCCGCCAGAAAGCUCGGCGGACAGAGACGCAUACCAGGAAGAAGGCGAGGAAGAUUCGGAGGAUGAUGUACGAGAUGGGUAA